AUGUCGUUAAUCGGGAAUAAAAGUAAAAUUAUAACAGAAAUGAUGAAGUUUUCAUUUCACCACAGAGCUUUUUAUUGUUACCUUGGUAUGAGUAUAUGGAUUUUCUUUCUUAUAACAGUGAUGUAUAGAUACAUGGCUACUGGAGAAGAAAUAGUUACAGUUAAAAAAGUAGUUCAAACUGAAUACAUAUCAAAAAGUGAUCUUAAGUUCAGAAAGAUAUACCUAAAGGCUUGCAAUCCCCCUGAAAACAUAGUACGAGGAACUGAGGGAAUAGUGGACAGUGACACUUGGAUGCUUCAAGGUGUGCUAGUGGUGACUAGGCAUGGUGACCGUGGACCCCUCACUCAUCUGAAAGGAGGUGAUAAACUGCCAUGUGAUACGAAACCUGAUUCACCACUUUUGAAAAGUUAUGAAGAGUUUGUGUUGAACGCGAGCACGUCGGGUCGCGCGUGGUGGGUAGUCGGGCCGGGACCGUUCCACAACUUCCCGUCGCUGCCCCCGCAAACGUCUGGCACUCACUGCGCUCUGGGACAACUCACAGCCCGUGGUCUGCUGCAGAUGAUCAUAGUAGGUAAUAUAUUGCGAGAAGCUUACGGAGAUAAGUUGAACUUGGAAAACGUAGAGCAAUGGAAGAAGGACACAGAGGAGGUGUUGUCGUACAGCACGCGGUACCGGCGCACGUUCCAGUCGCUGGUGGGCGCGUGGUGGGGCGCGGCGGGGGCGCGGGGCGCGGGGGCGCGCGCGGCGCUCGCGCGGGAGGCGCACAGCGUCGCCUUCUGCUUCCGGGACUGCGCGUGUCCCGCGCAUCCGCACCUCAACAAGAAAAUCAAUUUGCAAGCUAAAAAUCGCCUGGACUCUCAUCCGGCUAUCAAAGAAUUGAUAAAUAAACUAUCAAAAGUGCUAUUCGAGUCUCAAGAACGUACUGACGCCGAUGUAGUGAGGGAUGCGCUUCUUGCAUACAUGUGUCAUGACGCCCCGCUCCCAUGUAACGAGAAACCGAAGAAACCUAGUAAAAAACUACACAAAAUACAUAGAAAACUACGAGAAGAAGUCCCACUCCGGAACCUACUAGACGUCGAUAUAGAUACAUUAAACAUGGAGUUAGACUACAUAAAUAACCAAUUGGAUUUCAACAACGAAAUCGGGAGGAAAGCGAGAGAUAUAAUAGGAAAAUAUUAUGAUAGUAAAGACAAGCAAAAAGCGCCUUUAGAUUUCGACGCACAGAUGGAGAGAGAAAAGUUAUUGUACUACCAACAGAGGUAUAUGGAUAACGGAGACACGUAUGAUGAUGUGGUUAUAGUUAAAAAGAAUUUGGACGCCGAUUUCAAUUUCCCCAAUGAUGCCAGAAUGGACACAGAUUUCGAUGAAGAUUACAGGGAGCCAACGCCUGAGACCACUGAAGAUUUUUGCAUCGGGAAAGAUCAUGUUAUGUCACUAUUCGCUUAUUUAGAGUGGAGUUAUAGACAAGAAAUCAAGAACGUUCAUAAUAGAAGACGGGGUCUGCUCGUAGCAUAUGGUCUGAUACACCAUAUAGUACAAAAUAUGAUACGUAUGAUAUCGGAGAAUAAGCCGAAAUUCGUGAUUUAUUCAGGUCACGAUAAGACCCUGCAAGCUCUUAUACUAGCUCUGGGUCUGAACAAUUAUCAGCAUUACAAUAUACAGUAUGCGUCGAGAAUGAUAUUCGAAGUGUACAGGAAGAGCGAUUUGCGCGACGAAUUCAAAUUCACUAAAAGGAAAGCGGUGGCUCAGGAUUUUUAUUUUCGCGUUGUGUACAACGGAGAAGAUGUUACAAAUAAGUUAGUGUUUUGUAAAGCACGCCAUAAUAUUGUGAUGGAUGUAGUUGAUCCUACAGAAGAAAAAAUGCACAAGACUUACUUAUGUCCUAUAGAGAAUAUUGUUAGGUUCAUACACGACGAUUACUUCGCUCCGUUCAAUGCGAGUAAUUAUAAAGACGCAUGCGCAACGUACGGAAGCGUGAAACACAUGUAG